GUCUACAAUUGUCAACAUGCUGGAGCCUGCAACAGGGUUGGAUACGCUUUCGGGCUUGGCCUUGAACGUUUGGCAAUGCAACUUUAUCAUAUUCCCGACAUUCGGCUGUUCUGGUCCACAGAUCCUGGCUUUUUAAAUCAGUUCCUCACAGAUGAUAUUCAUGCUCCCAUUCGUUAUAAGCUACCGGAGGCUUGA